AUGCGAAAUAAUUUCUUAUCGUCUUUUAAUGUUAUGCGACCAGGGGCGUCCAAUAUCUUCGAAUCAGUUAACCUAGCGUCUACUCUAGGGAGUAUAAAGACUCCUAUACAUUCCCGUAUUCCUGAAUCUACAUCCGGUACGUCUGAGGAAGAUGAGUUGGAUCCGGAAGAUUUCCUUUCUCCACAGUCACCACAAGUUCGUCGAAUGGAACUGUUUCCGAAAGAUAAUGGCCACACCGAAGAAAUACCGUCCAAAGGGGCCAAAACCAAUGUGAAUGAUAUUUCUCAAUCAAGCUCGAAAUUUGAAUCUAGCUUUUUCUCCCCAACUGCUUCGUUUAGUCUGGGAAAUCUCACCAUCUCUACCAAUACUAUAAGGGAAGACUCACCAUCUGAACACAUCCUAAGAAAUAACGCACUAAUUACGAGAGAGCUACACAAGAACAUAAAACAUCAUAAAAGAGCUUUAAUUAAGGGUGACACUAAUCUUAAUCGAAUUCGAGAGUCAAUCGCCCACAAUUUUAAGCAGCUCUCAGAAAACCAUUAUGCAUUAUUAGAGAUUUAUACAAAGGAGAACUCUCGCCUUGAAAAACUCCUAGAAACGUUUUUAACUUGGGAUCAGCGUCGUUCGGUCAUUCUUGAGAAGAUACAAAGUAUAAAGGGCAGCGAUAGCAGCGAUGGCAGCAAACUCACGGUACUUUUGGAUGAAAGCGCCUCAAUUGACGAACAAAUCUUACAGUUGGAGGCCCACAUUGCAAAAUUGAAAAGUAAAAAACAGGUUAUUGCCUCCGAAAUAGACAUGACUACGUCUGUGCUAGAAAGCAAAACGUCAGUCCACGUUCAAGAGUUUCGCAAUCUAGAAGCGGAAGUUCAAAAAGGAAUAUCAGAGGUUCUAACGGUAGAUGGCCUUUCCGAAUCGGCCCUCUCUUCUUUGGUUAAAUUUGUACCUGUUGAUGUCACCUUCUCGAAGUCAUAUAACCCUAGACCCAAGGUUCCCAACCCUAUUAUUGUCGAAAGAAUACCAGCAGAGCUCAACGAAAUAACCAAAAAUACCACUAAUGGAAAUGGAGAACAAAGAACUCCACUUCACGGGAAACCGGAAGGAGAUCAUUCUAUUUUAAAUCAUGAACAUGGGCCAACUCCGUUUCAACGAGGAUACUUCAAAGGAAGUAAUCUGUCUGGACAUAUCAAGGCACAGUUGCAAAAGUUAUUAGCUACCUGGGCAUCUGAACGAAAAGAACCUACUCCAAAUACCGAAUCAUGGGUCAGAAUUGACGAUUCCUCGAAUACUAUAAGUGAAAAGGUCGAUUUAGGGCCCAUCAAAGCACUUUUAGAAUCGAAAAUUGCCUCGUUCGAAGUUCAACGACAGUCUCAUUCCUCGCAAGCCACAACAUUCCAUCAUCACCACACUUUGUGGAGAGACUGCCUUGAGAUAUUGAGGGCACAUGAGAAGAAAUUGGAGUUGCAAAUUCUGGAAUCAACGAGUACCAACUUUGGCGAAAAGCAAUUUGUUGGCAUCAUGACUUCGGCUUUGAACAGGGUGAACUCUGCAGUUGACUAUACGUACAAGGAACAUCCUGAAAUUUUCACAUCGAAUGACCGCAAGCGAGGCUACGUGAUUAGAUGCCUACAGCAUGAAGUUGAAGCAAUCGUAUCGGCACUCACGGUUGUUGAUCUGCAAAAUGACUACUCUCGGUUCCUCAAUAUGUUUAGAGGUUUGACUCUAGCAGAUAUGUCUAGCACGAUCACUUCUACAUCAUCUUAA